UAAUAAAUUAAAAAGCUACUGCUACUAUUGAUAUUGAAACCGGAAAAGACAAUAAGAACCGGAAAAUAACAAAUAAAAAAAAAAAAAAUUGCAAAAUUUUCCGGGAAAACAAAAUUCCGGGCAUCCAAACGACACGGGCUUUGUACAGAAACAACAGGGUCAGUUCAUAAUUACAUUCCUAAAAUAAAUAUAAAAAUAAAAAUUAUUUCUGAGUUUCUCAAACUGCCGUUUUCUCUUUUUUCUUCAUAGCAAUUCGUUGUCGAUUCGAGCGGUGUAGAGUGAGAGAGAUAACAGUGAAGCAGUCCAGUAGUGUCAGCUUUCUCAAAAUUCCCUCACUUUCUCUACGACUUUUCAUUUUCUCUCACUAUUUCUUUUUUCUUUUCUUUUAAUUUUCCCAGCAACCAAACACCAAAUCAGCCAAAAACACCCUCGGCGUUUUCCUCAGCCGGUGAUUUUCCUGUCCUUCUGAAAAUCCGAGAAAAGUUUUCGCGUUACAGCAACACCCACCCCCGCUUUCGUCCCAUCCCUUUCCGCGAUUCCCUGCCCCCAUCUUUUCCCUUUGGUUCUUUCAAUUUUCCACUCUCCCAAACACUGCCACGGCGCACGUUAGCUUCACCCGCGCAUGUUUCCCCUUCCCCAUUUUUUUAAAAAAAUUAAUUUAUUUUUAAUUACUCUUUUCUUUUCUAUCUCUUUCGUAAUAUUGAAAAAAUAAUAAAGGUCAAGGGUAUUAUUGGAAAGUUUGCCGGGCACUUUCUGUGACCUGUCGGAGAGGUUGCCCACAAAAAGGUUCAUAUACAAUUAUAAAAUUAAAUAAAGAAAAUGUUAAAAUAAAUAUAUUAUUAAAAUUUAAAACAGAGACAAACGGUUCCAUUUUUUCUGUUCUUUCUUUUAGAAAAAAAUGUUUAUAAAUGAAAAUGAAAUGAUUUGGUUUUUUGUUUUGCUUUUUAAUACACGACUUUACGGUAUAGAAGGAUAGUUUAUACAUAUUAUAUUACAUACACCAAAUAAAAAAUAAAACAAAAACCACAGAAGCUUCUUCUUCUUCUUCAUAAUCAUCAUCAUCACCACCACUACCACCACCACCAAGCUUAUCAUACUCUUCUUCUCUCUCUCUCUCUCUCUCUCUCUCUCUCUCUCUCUCUCUCUCUCUCUCUCUCUCUCUUUUUCUCUGUAAUAUCUAAAGCUAAGUGAGUUCUUCUUCUUCCUCGUCUGUACUUUAUUCCCUGUUAAAGUUACCGUUUCAUGUCUAUGCCCUUAGAGCAUGAUUACAUAGGCUUAUCAGAGUCAGUUCCUUCAAUGGAAAGCUCUGGCAAGUCUUCUGAGAAAAAAAGUGGUUCUGGUUUGAACCUUAAGGCCACUGAGCUGAGGCUGGGUUUGCCCGGGUCCGAGUCCCCAGAAAGAGAGGAGGGUCUUGCUGGGCUGGGCUUAGUGACUGGAGCUAAGAGAGGUUUCUCUGACGCCAUUGAUGGAGUUUCUGGCAAGUGGGUUUUCUCUGGAAAAGGUGGAUCUGAGGCUGAUUUGGCUAAAGGUGGUAACUUGUUUUCUCCUCGAGGUGUUAAUAAUGGUGGGUCGGAGUCUAACAACCAUACAACGGGUUUGACUGUCUCGUCAACUGUCAAAGAUGGUGUUCCUCAGUCCCCUAAGCCAUUGCAGCAGAAGAAGCCUCAGCCCUCUGCUCCGACUGCAAAAGCACAGGUUGUGGGAUGGCCACCAAUCCGAUCUUUCCGGAAGAAUUCGAUGGCUUCUUCUCACCCUCCAAAGAAUGAUGAUGAUGCAGAAGCUAAUGCAGGAUCUGGUUGUCUUUAUGUUAAGGUCAGCAUGGAUGGUGCACCAUACCUCAGGAAAGUUGAUCUUAAAACUUAUGUUAGUUAUAUGGAUCUAUCUUCAGCACUGGAAAAAAUGUUCACCUGCUUUACAAUAGGUCAAUGUGGCUCUAAUGGAUUUAGUAAGAGCCGAUUAAUGGAUCUCCUUCAUGGCUCAGAAUAUGUACUCACCUAUGAAGACAAGGAUGGAGAUUGGAUGCUAGUGGGUGAUGUUCCUUGGGAGAUGUUUACCGAGUCAUGUAAGAGGCUGAGGAUAAUGAAGAGUUCAGAGGCUAUUGGUCUUGCCCCAAGGGCCAUGGAGAAGUGCAAAAAUCUGAACUAGUGCUUGAGGACGCCAUGGAUGGACCGAAAUGCACAAAAGCUUCAAUGGCUCAUCAUGAUCAAGCCUCCCCUGUUUCAUAUUAUUCAUGUGUAUGAUUUCUCCAUAUUAAAUAUUUUGUGUUUAGUGUAACAAAAUGAAACAACCUAGUAGGGCCAGAUAUGUAAUUUUAGAGUUUUUCCAGGAUGUUUUCGAAUCUCUGAUACUCUUUUCUGCUGCCUUCUCUCUGUGUACUAAUGUUGGCUGCAUAGUAGUUACGAUGAUUAUAUAUGUAAAUGGUUUGUUUGCUUAAGUAUUUUCCCCUCUCCUCACUCUGGAGUGAAAUGAAACUGUUUUUGUGUGUUAGAAACUUAUAAAAGUCUUGUUUGGCUGCCCAGAAAA